AGAGCAGGAGGGGGAUUUCCAGCGCGAGCCUCUACUUCCCCUCCUUCCAGUCGUUGUUUUGCUUUCGGUCUUGACAUAGAAACAGAAAAAACGCGACGUACUCACUUUUGGUUUUCCACAUUUAAAAAAAACCAAAAACCCACACGCACACAAGAAAGAAGUUGUCAAGUGUUCGUCAUUCCAUUCAGUGGGACGCAGCGAAGCUACAGGCCGUUUGUGAACAGGUCACAAUGCCGGUAGAAAGGAUGAGGAUGCGACCAUGGUUAGAGGAUCAAAUAAAUUCAUGUCAGAUACCAGGACUAAAAUGGGUUAAUAAAGAAAAGAGAAUCUUCCAGAUCCCAUGGAUGCAUGCUGCACGUCAUGGCUGGGACCUGGAGAAAGAUGCUCCACUCUUCAUGAGAUGGGCCAUACACACUGGUAAAUUCCAGCCAGGCAUUGACCGUCCAGACCCAAAGACAUGGAAGGCUAAUUUCCGCUGUGCUAUGAACAGCCUGCCAGACAUUGAGGAAGUGAAGGACAAAAGCAUCAAAAAGGGAACCAAUGCCUUCAGAGUUUAUAAGAUGCUCUCCAGUACAGAGAGAAGUAUGAGGAAAGGAAAGAAGAAGAUGGACAAAGAGGGAAGGCCAAAGGAAAAUAAAGAGGAAGCUUCUUCGUUUCCAGAUAGGAUUCUUCUCCAAGCUAAUGCAGGACCUAUUGACUAUUCUAAACAGGAGGUGGUCAAGCAGGAAGGCAUUGAGCUAACAGUGAUGGACAGUGCUUCAGCCAUUCACAGUCCAGUCUAUGAAAACGUCAUCACAAGCGAGCAGCUGCCAUUCGUCUGUCAGACAAUUGAAGUAACCACUGAGAAUGAAGAGCAUACUGUUAGCUCCUCCCACUCGUACCCGCUCCAAAUCUCCCCUGUGUCUUCAUGCUACGGCAGUGACACGGACAGUGACAAUGAGGACAGUAAAGAGCGUGUUGGUACAGUCUGGAGGAGGAACUACAGUGCAUCAGUCCUCAAAGUCCCCACAUGUUCUCUGCCAGGCAUGGACACCUUUGUCAGCUCAAACAAGCCUAACUUUAGGGUCACCAGCACACGAGACCCAGACCCUCUCAUCAGCUACCACACCGAGGGCUGGACGCCGACCCACAACCAGGACUCUCUGGCAUCCUCAGUGAGCAGCCAUGAGAUGCGUGCAAGUGUCAUCAUGAAAACCUCAGAUGUUGCGUCCUCCUGACCCCAGAUAAGGAAGCAUGAUAGGAAUGACAGAGUAUGUUGGUCACAUGGUGCCUAAAAGACACCAAACCAUCAAAUCUGUGAUUAUUUUUUUAAAUUCUCGCAUCCGUUUGUCCACUCACUUUUCCUCAUUAAUUGGAAAAUGGCAGACUGGUGUUGAUGAAAUUCUCCACUUGUCCAUUAAUCGAUGAACACUGACACCGUUAAUACUUUGUUUGUUUGUUUGUUUGUUUGGCUGCGAAGGACUGUGUGGUGUAAUGUUCAUCAUCUUGCCACGUCUGUGAGGGUUUGCAGCGGAUUCAGUUCCAGCUUAGAAUGUUUGAACAUGUGGAACACACACACUGACAAGCGUGCAUGAAUACUGCAUGUGUUAUUGUCCGUGUUCACUUUGUUUUGUAAGAUAAUUAGUGCUUUAGACACUGAAAUCA